AUGGCUCCACGCGAGGAGCUGAUUGCCUCAGCUGUAAGUUUCCUCCAGGACCCAUCAGUUGCAUCCUCACCUAUUGAAAAGAGAGUCUCAUUUCUUCAAUCUAAGAACUUGACUCAAGAGGAAGUGGACAUUGCCUUAUCGCGAGUGGGCGAAGACCCGUCUGCCGCAGCCGCAGCUACAGCUUCAGCAUCCCCAGCACCUAGCUACUCUUCACAGCCAGUUCCUUACCGCCAACCGCAGCCGCCUCAAGGAUAUGGUUAUCCCCCCUAUAAUCAAUGGCAGCCACCUCCUGAAUUACCCAAGAGAGAUUGGCGUGACUGGUUUAUUAUGGCAACAGUAGUGGGUGGAGUUGGUUAUGGGUUGUAUACCGUCACAAAGCGUUAUAUCGCACCUUUGAUCGCCCCACCGACGCCUCCCCAGCUGGAACAAGACAAAGAGCACAUCGAUGAGCAGUUUUCACGUGCAUUUACUCUGAUUGAACAAUUAUCGGCCGAUACCGCUGCAUUGAAAACCGCCGAGGAAGCACGCACCGAGCGCUUGGAUGGGGCUCUUAAGGAGGUGGAGAACCUUGUUGCUGAUCUCAAGAACUCUUCCCGCCGAAGAGAUGAUGAGACUCGCCGCAUUAGCGACGAGGUGAAGUCGUUGAAGGAUGCCAUUCCCAAAGCCCUUGAAGGUGCCCGGGAAGGCAAUGAGAACAGACUGAAGGAGCUCGGAACCGAGCUUAAGAGCUUGAAGACCUUGCUGGGCAACCGACUUGGUGGUAGCGGAGCUACCCCUCUUGCUGGCAGGACCGUUGGAUCUACUUCCAUCCCCAGUCCCUCCCGCCCGGCACCGGAAGAGACCCCCGCCACUUCCACUCCCCUCGCCGCUGCCAACAGUUUGGCUGCUACUGUGACUCCAGCUGAACAGGAGCCAACUCAAGCCGCUACCCCAGCGAGCACAAGCCAGACCCUCAACCCUCUCUCGCAACUUGGUCGGUCUGGGUCUGCCUCUAUCCCGGCGUGGCAAAUGGCUGCGGCCAAUCGGUCCAAGGCCACUUCGCAAUCGAGUGCACCUGCCACCCCUGCUGAAACCACUGCCAGCCCAAGCCUGGAGCAGAGUGCUCCUCCUAGCUAA